AUGUCGUUGGUUGGAACCUAUCUUUCCCUGUUAGGAACAUUCACCGGCGCUUCCGAUGGUCUCGUUAUGGGAUGUCCGACACACCCCACUGUGUCCGGGAAGCCUCAUGACCAUUUGAUCACGAUUAGCUUUGCUAUACUCCUGUACAGUGGGAUGGCCAUGAUGGUGCUGUCUGUCUACUACGGGCUUCGUCGAUAUUGGCGAUCACUGAAACGAAGUCCCUUGGUGAAAGUUUUUUACCGGGAUGGCACGGUUUACUUCAUUGCUUUGGCGGGAAUGUCGAUUCUGAAUGGGGUCGCGGCACUCUUACUUCCAUUGCAGUUUCGGCUCGUAAUGACGACAUGGUCGUACACACCACCCUGUGCACCCGGAUGA